AUGCUACCAAGCCCAAGGCCAGGCCAUCUUGCUUCCUUUCUUCGUCCAUGGAGCAUGAUCUGGAUGUCCAUCUGCCCCCUCACCUUGUUUUUUCUUACACAGACUGACAUCAUCCACAAACCAUCUGGCUUUAUUACAUUUGAAGACACUACCGUGGUUCCCUCGCUCGUCCAUGCCGCCAGCGGCCUUGUUCUCGAACUGGGCCCAGGACCCGGUAACCAGAUUCACCGGUUUGGCACUGCUGGUGUCACAUUUAUCUACGGCGUUGAACCUAAUAGCCUCUUUAAAGAAGGAAUUGAUGCUAAGUUACGAAAACAUGGGUUAUCAGUUAACUAUAAGCUAAUCCUUUGCGGGGUUGAAGAUAGCGAUGUCUUGAGAGAUGAGGGAAUAAGCGAGGGGAGUCUGGACGCUGUGCUUUGCAUCCAGGUUCUCUGUGCGGUCAAGGAUCCAAAAAGUGUCAUGAAGGAGGUGUGGAAGUUAUUGAAGCCUGGAGGAAGGUUUAUUUUCUGGGAGCAUGGAGAGAGCAGAGACCGGUUGACGGGUACAGUGCAAGCACUCACAAAUCCCGCCUGGAACACAUUUGUCGGAUGUCACUUAACCCGGAGGGUAAAGGCCGAUAUUCUGCACAGUGGAGAGUGGGAGAAUCCAGGCGAUAUAGAGGAACCAGAAGAGCCGGCUAGUCUUCUGCCUCGGAUUUAG